UUAAACAAUGUGUACGAAGAACUCGGCAAUGAGACGUAGCUGGCGAUGAUUUCUAAUGUUGCACUCAGCUUUAUUUGCUGUCUUGAACACACCCCGCUGAGCACCCCGAUAUUGUUCAAGAGGAAUAAUGGCUGCACAGGAGCCGUCUCCACCAUCUUCUCUGGAAGGCAACAAACCGGGCUUCCCGAAGAAAAUUCUCGCCAACAACCUCGAAGACAAGCAUCUGUGCAAUUCAUGCCAGAAGGUGCUGAGGAGGCCUCUGCAGGCUCAAUGCGGUCAUCGCUUCUGCUCGUUCUGUUUCAACAAAAUAGUGAGCUCUGGGCCACAGAAAUGCAGCGCCUGCAUCAAAGAAGAUUUGUUUGAGGAGCCCACCUCUAUUCUCAAGCAAGGUGGUGCUUUCCCUGACAACGCAGCACGGAGAGAAGUGGAGGCUUUGGCAGCCGUCUGUCCGAAUGAAGGAUGCACAUGGACGGGAACUAUCAAAGAAUUUGAGGCGAGCCAUGAGGGCAACUGUGAUUUCAUGAUCAUCCUGUGUCCCUCCUGCAAAGAGCUGAUGAGAGCCAAUGAACAGGAGCGCCACAACGAGAGAGAAUGUCCGGAGAGGACGCUCAACUGCAAAUACUGCAAAGAACCUUUCCUGUUAAAGAACAUAAAGGCUCACGAUGAAAUCUGUCCAAAGUACCCGAUGAUCUGUGAAGGCUGUGCGAAGAAAAAGAUCCCUCGAGAAAAGUAUGUGGACCAUAUUAAGUUCUGCAGUAAAUUUAAAGCACCAUGCAGGUUUCAUGUUGUUGGCUGCGAUACGUCUGUGGAGAAAGAGAAGAUCCAUGACCAUGAGCGGCAGUGUUCUUACGAACACCUCAACCUGCUCCUACAUUUCAUCAUGGGCAUCAAGGUGAGCUUGGAGAGCCUGCAGCCCCAGAGCUUGGAGGUAGCCAGCCACAAACUGCAGGAGCUCCACAUGUCCCUCAGGGACCUAGAGCUGAAGAUGAGCCAGCUGGGUGGUGGUGGGGGUGCAGCUCCCGUGCAGGGUGCAUGUGCCCCGACCUUGUCCACCUCCUUUACCCCGCUGCCCAGUGCCAUGGGAGCCGCUCUCGAGCUGCAGCUCCAGAGUGAGAAGACCAAAGUGGCCGAGCUGAGCCGGCGCUGCCAAGAGCUGGAGCUCAAAGUGAGCACGUUCGAGAACAUCGUCUGCGUCCUCAACCGAGAGAUGGAGCGCUCCUGCGCCACCAUGGAGGCCUACAACCGCCAGCACCGACUGGACCAGGACAAGAUCGAGAUCCUCAACAACAAGGUCCGUCAGCUGGAGAGGACGGUGAGUCUGCGGGACCUGUCCAUCGUGGAGAUGGACGGUAAAAUGAGGGAAAUGUCUGCUGCCACAUAUGACGGCAUCUUUGUCUGGAAGAUCUCCGAUUUCACCAAGAAGAGACAGGACGCCGUGGCUGGCCGCGCCCCUGCUAUGUUCUCUCCUGCCUUUUAUACCAGCAAAUAUGGCUACAAGAUGUGCCUGCGGAUCUACCUGAACGGGGACGGUACGGGCCGCGGCACCCACUUGUCUCUGUUCUUUGUGGUGAUGAGAGGACACAGUGACGCACUCCUCAAGUGGCCUUUUAACCAGAAGGUCACCCUAAUGCUGCUUGACCAGAACAACAGGGAGCACAUCAUCGAUGCCUUCCGGCCCGACAUCUCGUCCUCGUCGUUCCAGAGGCCGGUCAGUGACAUGAACAUUGCCAGCGGAUGUCCACUCUUCUGUCCGCUCUCAAAGCUGGACUCUAAAAACUCCUACAUACGCGACGACACCAUCUUUAUCAAGGCCAUCGUAGACCUCACUGGGCUCUAGUCAAACGACGAGGGCAUGAAUCUAACCCUGCCUUUGGUUGCUAUGGGAGACGACUCAACAGGCUUUGUUUCCUCCAGAAAUGUUCUGCUUCAGGUUUGUGUCGUACUUUUGGGUUUGGGCAGGAGUG